AUGUCGCCGUCGCUCUGCGGCGAGGUCUUCUUGGGGAUCGGGGUGCUUGCGAUCACCGCCAGUGCAGAGUCGCUACCGCCCGCCCUCCCAGAAUCCACGCUACGAGAUGUGGGCGGCCCCUGCCCAGCCUCCGGUGACGAGGCAUGCUUCACCUUGGGAAUGGCAAUGUUCAGGCUGUCCGCCGCGGAGAGGCCACCCAGGUUCAGGGGAGGGACGGUAACGGGGCUCUUGCUGUUCGUAACGGUCGGACUGCUGAUGUACCCCUCCAGCGCGGUAGUCGAGGGCGAGGACGUGCGCGCAGGCACCUCAGCGCCGCUCGCAGCUGCCUUCUUCGCCGGCUCGGCAGACGGUUGCGCCAGAGAUUGCUUCGAACGAGGGGAACCUGGCGCGCUUGCAUUGUCUUGUGAGGAUGCACUUUCGCCGGCGGUACCAUCAUCCACUGCCUUGGAAGUAAUUGGGCCACUGCUAGGUGACGGGGGACUGACUGAGGACGCAAGUGUUGAGCUCGAUGAGGCAGGCACCAGUUCUAUUCCGCAUUUGGAGUAA